AUGGCGGCUCGCCAGCCUAGGCCACAGGCCGACCAGCUUCCCCAGCCGAUACAGUUCCAAUCCACGACGAUUGCGCCGUCGCCCCCACCGUCCUCGAACUCGACGCCAGACAACAUGAGCUCGGAACAUCACUCAGCACCGUUGCGCAUACAAACAGACGUGGCCUCCGCAUCACCACAGGCGCCAUCUCACCGGCACGGCUCGCUCGGUCGACCAUCGAUCAACCGCAUACCAUCGAAUAGCAGUCUCCAAGUCUGUCGCACACCUAGUCUCAAAGGCUCGCUUGGUCAGAUCCUCAACGGCACCGCCAGCGGAGCCAGCAGCGUGGCUACGAGCCCCAUCAUCGCGGCCAUGGGCGACAUGACACCCUUGCCAAGCCCACUCAUGUCAGCAGACUCGCCAGGACCAUGGAAGAAGCUCAUCGCAGGGACACCACCCAGGUCGAGAGGACGACUCGGAAGCGUAGGGGAGGGCUCCGUAUUGGGGACCAGCCCUACGAGAUCUCUGGACCCUACGUCGGCCGCACCGAGGCGGAAGACUUACACAGCGCUUGACAGCGGCGCCGACGGCCCGCCGCCAACCAUUGUCUCCCAUGAGACCCAGCAUACUCGUAAUCGUAGUGCGAGCGAAUAUGUGCCGGAUCCGCUAGCCAUCCCAAAGCGACACAUCACAGUCUCCGGCUCGCAUGCCCGGAAAUCGGAAACCAAACCUCAAGAACCGACCAUCCGUCGAGAGGCCCACCUGGCCGAGCAGCGGGGCCUUACACCUGCCGUUACGAAACCACCGACACCUCCACCAAGCGAAUCCUCAAACUACUCAACCUCCUCGGCGGAGAAAAAAGAUACCAGUGCUGAACUAUUUGAAGCCAGAGGCCGCCACGAUCAGAAGCGCCGUCGUUGGCGAGCACUGCGGCCCCUUGGACAGGGCACUUUUAGCAAGGUCGUCCUGGCGACAAGCCAAAUCGCAGCGACGGAGGACGAAUCGACCGAGAACCCACCCUCGAGAAAGACAUUGGUAGCCGUCAAGAUAUGCGAGCACGGCCCCCGAGGCGGCGCCAGCGAAGACCGCAUCGAGAUGAGCUUGAAGCGCGAGCUUGAGAUUCUGCAGGACAUUCAUCAUCCCAGCCUUGUAGACCUCAAGGCGUUCAGCAUCGAGCCCACGAGAGCGAUAUUGGUACUGACGUACUCGCCGGGAGGUGACCUGUUUGACGUAGCGACUCAAGCCAGGCGCGUCCUCACACCCGUACUGGUGAGGAGGAUUUUCGCCGAGCUCGUGGGCGCCGUGCGCUACCUGCACGACAAGAAGAUUGUUCAUCGAGACAUCAAGCUAGAGA